ACCAACAGAUUAACCGCAGAGGAGCGAAGCCCACCACCGAUUUUGCUAUAAAUGGGAACAUACUUCUCCUUUUCGCGGAAGAGCAGAGUGUUCCAUUAACCCUAGCCGCGCCACUCUCACUCUGUCCGGCGGAUUAUUGGCCGUAGGUUCUUAGCAUUCAAAAGGCUUGUGAAAAUGGCUUUUUGCAGUAGAUUUGGAACUCUUAUGAAGCAGACUAUUUCCCAGAAUAAUGGGCCUGUGCCAGUGGCAUCCAUGCUUAAUGCUAUGCGGUGCAUGUCAUCUACCAGACUUUUCAUUGGAGGUCUUUCAUAUGAAACUGAUAACCAAUCUCUCAAGGAUGCAUUUUCUUGCUUUGGCGAUGUUGUGGAUGCAAGGGUCGUCACUGAGAGAGAAACAGGAAGGUCUAGAGGAUUUGGGUUUGUGAACUUCGCCACUGAUGAAUCUGCCAGCUCCGCCCUAUCGGGAAUGGAUGGACAGGAACUCAACGGACGAAACAUUCGUGUGGUCUAUGCUACCGACAGACCGGCGCGGGGCUCUGCUUCUGGUGGCGGCUUUGGUUCUGGUGGCUAUCGUGGUGGGUUUGGCAAUGCCAGAGAGUGAUGGUUUCUGAGGCUCCAGUGGAUGGCUUUACCCGCUCUGCCUCUUGUCUCAAGAUGCUCUAUUCUUGGAUAGGAUAUCUUCGGAACUAGUUUUGUUUUGCUGGUUAUGCUUUUGACAUCUGUAGAUUAGGAUUUUAGUGUUGCUUUGCAUCAUGAACUUGGUGGCCUGGCAGCAGCCAUAUGGCUGCUAAAUGGAUUUUCUAUUAUCUAUUAUUGAGCCAAUGCUGGGCCGGGCCGGACCUAAGAAUCUCAAAUAGAAGAUUGGACAGAUUUAGUUUGGAUUUGAACAA